GUAAGCAUUACCCCUAAUUAGAGAGGAGAACACAAAACCUCUUUUCCCUUUUUCUGCGCCUCCAUAAUUUGAGCUGCCGGGCCGAAGCUAGACGCUCUAUCUUUUCCUCCGCCGCCCGCCGCCGUCAUCGAGACAGUGACAGUUAUGGGGUCAGUAAAGAGGAAAUCAUUGGAAGAUGGGACCGAGGAUUGCGGGACUCCGCCAACAAAGCAACAGAAGGGGGAUGAAUCGAUGGUGUUGGUGGACGAGCCAGUGGCCUGCCUUCACCACGUGUCAUAUCCUGAAGGGUACGUGCACCGUGCCAGUUUGGCUAACCAGGAACACUCAACGCCGGCCAAGGAAUUUCCGUUUACUCUGGACCCUUUUCAGCUCGAAGCCAUCAGGUGUCUUAACAGUGGCGAAUCUGUCAUGGUUUCUGCACAUACGUCUGCUGGGAAGACAGUGGUGGCACUGUACGCCAUAGCUAUGUCAUUGCGAAAUAAGCAACGCGUUAUAUACACAUCCCCCAUCAAGGCACUUAGUAAUCAGAAAUACAGAGAGUUCAAAGAGGAGUUUUCAGAUGUUGGGUUGAUGACAGGUGAUGUCACCAUCGACCCGAAUGCUUCUUGCUUGGUGAUGACAACAGAGAUCUGGCGAAGCAUGCAGUACAAAGGAUCAGAAGUUAUAAGGGAGGUUGCUUGGAUUAUUUUUGAUGAAGUGCAUUACAUGAGAGACAGAGAGAGAGGUGUUGUGUGGGAAGAAAGUAUUGUUAUGGCCCCAAAGAACUCUCGAUUUGUGUUUCUAUCUGCUACAGUGCCUAAUGCAAAGGAAUUUGCUGAUUGGGUAGCAAAGGUGCAUCAGCAACCAUGUCAUAUUGUCUAUACAGAUUAUCGACCUACACCUCUUCAGCAUUACAUAUUCCCUUCUGGAGGUGAUGGUCUAUAUUUAGCAGUGGAUGAGAAUGGUAAGUUCCGGGAAGACAGCUUUCAGAAAGCAUUAAAUGCAAUCAAUCCAAUGAGUGAAGAAAGAAAGAAGGAGAAUAGGAAAUGGCAGAAAGGUGCAGUUUUGGGUAAAUCGGGUGAAGAUAGUGAUAUAUUUAAAAUGGUGAAAAUGAUCAUUAUGCGUCAGUAUGAUCCCGUAAUAUGUUUCAGCUUCAGCAAACGAGAAUGUGAAUUCCUCGCUAUGCAGAUGUCGAAAAUGGAUCUAAAUAGUGAGGAUGAGAAAGUAAACAUUGAAAAUAUCUUCUGGAGUGCUAUGGACAUGUUGUCAGAUGAUGAUAAAAAGUUGCCUCAGGUCUCAAAUAUGCUGCCCUUGCUGAAAAGGGGAAUAGGUGUGCAUCACUCUGGUUUGCUUCCCAUACUAAAGGAAGUCAUUGAAAUUUUGUUCCAAGAAGGAUUCAUCAAGUGCUUGUUUGCUACAGAGACAUUCAGCAUAGGGCUGAACAUGCCUGCCAAGACUGUCGUCUUUACUAAUGUACGCAAAUUUGAUGGAGAUAAGUUUAGGUGGAUAUCUAGUGGAGAGUACAUACAGAUGAGUGGUCGUGCUGGUCGACGAGGAAUUGACGAACGUGGGAUCUGCAUCCUUAUGGUUGAUGAGAAACUAGAACCUCCGACAGCAAAAACAAUGUUGAAAGGAAGUGCAGACCCUUUGAACAGCGCAUUUCACUUAAGCUACAAUAUGCUUUUGAAUCAAAUACGAUCUGAAGACGGUGAUCCUGAAAAUCUGCUUCGUAAUUCUUUCUAUCAGUUUCAAGCAGAUCGAUCCAUUCCGGAUCUCGAGAAACAAGCAAAAGCCCUGGAAAAGGAGAGGGAUUCCAUUAUAAUAGAAGAGGAAGAUAGCUUGGACAAUUAUUAUUCUCUUCUGCAACAAUACAAAUCUUUGAAGAAGGACAUCCGUGACAUAGUAAAUUCUCCAAAAUACUGCUUACCCUUUCUGCAACCUGGAAGGCUUGUUUCAAUCCAAUGCACAAUAAAUGAUGAGGGUUCCUCGUCAUUCUCUUUAAAUGACGAGGUAACAUGGGGUGUUAUAAUAAAUUUUGAGAGGGUUAAAGUACCAUCUGAAGAUGAUGUCAUCGAGAAGCCAGAAGAUGCAAGCUACACAGUGGAUGUUCUCACGAGAUGUAGAGUCCACAAGGAUGAAAUUGCUAAGAAAACAAUCAAGAUUCUUCCAUUAAAAGAUCCUGGAGAACCAGCUGUUAUUUCAAUUCCUAUUUCACAGGCAAUUCUUACCUGCAUUGUUGUCUUUCAUGAUUUUUGUUACUGUAUUGAUAGCUUAAGUAGUAUCCGGUUAGUAAUACCGAAGGAUCUUCUGCCAUUAGAAGCACGAGAAAACACGUUGAAAAAGGUGUGUGAAGUUCUCAAUAGAUUUGCAAAAGAAGGCAUGCCUCGUCUAGAUCCAGAAGAUGACAUGAAGGUUCAAAACAGCUCGUACAGGAAGGCAUCACGAAGGAUAGAAGCACUGGAAAACCUUUUUGAAAAGCAUGAAGUUGCCAAAUCUCCACUGAUUGAGCAAAAGCUCAAUGUUUUGCAUACGAAGAAAGAACUUACAGCAAAAAUCAAAUUAAUAAAGAGAACAAUGAAAUCUUCCUCGGUCUUGGCUUUCAAAGAUGAACUUAAAGCAAGGAAAAGAGUACUUAGGAGACUAGGAUAUAUUACUAGUGAUGACGUCGUGGAGUUGAAGGGGAAAGUAGCAUGUGAAAUCAGCAGUGCGGAUGAAUUGACUUUAACCGAACUUAUGUUCAGUGGGCUUCUGAAGGACGUAAAGGUGGAGGAGAUGAUAUCUCUCCUCUCAUGUUUUGUGUGGCAAGAAAAGCUUCAGGAAGCUCAAAAGCCCAGGGAUGAGCUUGAGUUGCUCUUCACACAAUUACAGGAUACUGCACGUAAAGUGGCUAAAGUCCAAAUUGACGUCGAGAAUUUUGUGAGUUCCUUUAGACCAGAUGUUAUGGAGGCCGUUUACGCUUGGGCUCGCGGAUCCAAAUUUUAUGAAAUUAUGGAAAUGACACCGGUUUUUGAGGGCAGCUUGAUUCGUGCAAUUCGGAGACUGGAAGAAGUCCUUCAGCAACUGAUACAAGCAGCAAAGUCAAUUGGCGAGACGGAUCUUGAAACGAAAUUCGAGGAUGCCGUUACUAAGAUUAAAAGGGAUAUUGUCUUUGCAGCAUCUUUAUACUUAUAGGCUACAUAUUAAGAGAUUGUCCUAAUUUUUUAUGAUUUGAGGAAGAGAUGGAUUUUGCUGCCGAAAGAUGAGUCGAGUUAAAAGUGACUCAGAGCACUAAUGGUUCGUCUGCCUGAGACAGUCCUUGCUCCAACGGUUCAAGUCUACCAUCUUUGGGAUUAUGUGAAUUUUUUUUGUCUUCGAGAACUCAGACAACUUUCACUCUGACGUGCAUGUAGUGCAUGGUGUGGGACACUGGAUGUGAGGUAUUUCUACAGAAUUGGCCCAACUGGAUGUGAGGUAUUUCUGAAAAUUUGCCCUAGACAUUUCACCCAGUUCAACUCAUUCAAAAAGUUUGAUGCUCUUAGCUUAUUUGCAACUAUGUAUCAGUAGAGGUUUUUGUUUCUUGUUUUCCUUUUUCAGUUUGUUAACAGGAUUUUGUUGGCUCACUCAUGCUGUAACAGUGUAAUGUCUUACUUAUCAUGAUAGUCAAAAUGUGGUAUGAUGAAGUAUGUCAAUGACGUUAUAAACCAGGUUAGGAAAUAAGUGUUGGGUUCUAUGAGGAACAUCGUCGAUGUACACAUUCGAAUCUAUUAAAAAUAAAUCUUAACGCAGUGUGUGAACUUCGGAAUAAUUGCUUCAGUAGGUAAACUCUGGAAUAAUUCAGAGCACCUUAAUUGUUUCCCAAUAUUAGCGACUCGAACAUUAAACGGAUCUACGUUAGUCACAUGCAACUUCAGUUCAUAGGAAAGAGAGGAG